GGUGGCCCAGCCGCGGCCGCACGCGUGCAGUACGCACGCGCGUCCCACGCGCCUCGAGUCUCCCGCGCGCCUGCCCAGCCGGGCCGCGGCUGCCCGCGCUUAACACGCACGCGCGCCCCACGCGGCCCGGAGCCCUCGUGCCCCCGCCUCGCCUGGCCUGGGCGCUUCCCGCACGCUCCUUCCCCUUCGGCUUAGCGCGCGGGGCCGCAGGUCCCCGCGGGCCGCCCUGAAUUAUUCAUCGGCAGGAAGAUAUUAGAUGUACCCGCUCCGCGCGGGCCGUCGUGCAAUGCUAUCCGAGCUCCGCGCGCGCCCUGCGCCCCUCCUCCUCCUCACGUCCGUCCUCUCUGAAACCUUGGCAGCGAAGGGGGAUCACAUUUCCUUUGUCAUUGGGCCAUUUCGCCCUCGCCUUGGUCCCCCCUCCGAUCCCGAGCCUCGGGGAUGGAGGCUCCUCUCAGGCGCGCUGGAAUCAGUGGAACCGGCAACAACCCCGCGCGGCGAGCUCGGGAGCCGCGUGGCCAACGCCGCCGGCUCGCGCCCGCGUCAUCUUCUUUCUGAAACGAAUCGCCGAUCCGGACGCGGGUGGCCUCGGCCGCGCUGCGCCUACCGGGCUUUGCUCUCGCCGUGCCCCGGCCUCCUGGGGCUUUGCACAACUCCCCCAAUUCGGGUUGCGUGCGCGCGCGCGCGGCCCCUCUUUCUCUGCUUUGCCGCCUCUUCCUCCUCCUCCUCCUCUUCUCUUCAGUACGCCGGUUAUUGGGACUGAUCGGAAUUCGGAAUCCUUUUAAUCUCCAAAGGAGCAAACUCACUUCCGCCCGAGUGCUGGGAGGGGGCUGGGGGAGGGGAGGCAGGGGAGGGGGCUCCAGGCAAACAGGAAACAUUAGCCCUCUCAGCACGGCCCGCUUUUGUGUGCUCCCUCCCUCCUCCCUCCAACCUCCUCCCUUCUCCCGGCCGCUGGGGAGAUGAACGCCCCCGGGCUUCAGUGUGACGACCUUUGAAACCUUCUGAGCGAGGAGCAGAGAACGACUCUUCCGUUUAUUUAAAAAAGAAAAGAUUUCAUUCUGAAUCCCUGGCUCAACCGAGACUGAUAUCCACUGCCUUGGAGAUCUCGGUUUUUACCCACCUUUUUUUUUUCUUUUUACGUUUUUUAAAGGACUGUGCGUAUCUGUGAUCACCAAAACAUCCCACAGUUGUGUGCAGUUGGAUGCGUGGAAUUAAGCGAAUCUGAAUUCUGAUCGGCAGAGGGGCCAGAGUUCCCUUUUGAGUUUUAAUGGGGCUGGGGGGAAGCAGGGGGCAGCUGUUCUGGGGAGGCGACCUGGUGAUGGCCCCGCAGCCAUCUGGGUGGUGCCCGAGGCCGCCUGAGCGGUUCUGGGAGAGAAACUUGCAUGGCCCUGGAGAGAGACUCACUUGGAAGGGCGAAGAGGGCCACUUACCAGGAUUUAGGUAGUAUCUGGCCUGGAGGCCAACGGGGUAAAAAUUGUCCCUUCUUAACACUAUCUCGCUGUUAGUGAUAUCCUAUUUAACCUGGUACAGGCAACAACCUGAUGAUUCUCAAAAACAUGGUGUUGUGAGAAAGAACCCAAACACAAAAGAGUUCAUACUGCGUGAUUCCAUUUCCAGGAAAUUCUAGAACAGACAGAACUAAGCUAUGGGGAGAGGAAAAGUACCCUUGGGGAUGAGGAGGUAUUGACUGGGAAAGGGCAUGAAGGAACCUUCUGGGAUAGUGAAAUAAAAAUAGAUUGCCAUGUGUGUACA